AUGGCCAAGCCGCUGACAGACCAGGACAGGAGGAAGCAAAUAUCGGUCAGAGGGCUGGCCGGAGUGGAAAACGUUACGGAUCUGAAAACUAAUUUUAACAGACACCUCCACUUCACCCUGGUGAAAGACCGAAAUGUGGCCACCAAACGGGACUACUACUUUGCCCUGGCCAACACAGUCCGGGACUUCCUGGUGGGCCGUUGGAUCCGGACGCAGCAACACUAUUAUGAGAAAGACCCCAAACGUGUCUACUACCUCUCCCUGGAGUUUUACAUGGGCCGGACUUUGCAGAACACCAUGGUUAACCUGGCCUUGGAGAACGCCUGCGAUGAAGCCACAUACCAGCUGGGUCUGGACAUGGAGGAGCUGCAGGACAUCGAGGAAGAUGCUGGUCUAGGCAACGGUGGGCUGGGUCGUCUGGCUGCUUGUUUCCUGGACUCCAUGGCCUCUCUGGGUCUGGCUGCUUACGGAUAUGGCAUCCGCUACGAGUUCGGCAUCUUCAAUCAGAAAAUUGUUGACGGCUGGCAGGUGGAAGAAGCUGACGACUGGCUGCGUUAUGGUAACCCCUGGGAGAAGGCUCGCCCUGAGUACAUGCGCCCAGUCCAUUACUACGGAAGAGUGGAACACACAGAUGAAGGAGUGAAGUGGGUCGACACACAGGUGGUUCUGGCUCUUCCCUAUGACACCCCAGUCCCCGGGUACAGAAACAACAUCGUCAACACCAUGAGACUGUGGUCUGCUAAGGCGCCCUGUGACUUUAACCUCAAAGACUUUAACGUUGGUGGAUACAUUCAAGCCGUGCUGGACAGAAAUCUGGCCGAGAACAUCUCUAGGGUUCUCUACCCCAACGACAAUUUCUUCGAGGGGAAGGAGCUGCGUCUGAAGCAGGAGUACUUUGUCGUAGCAGCAACUCUUCAAGACAUCAUCCGCCGAUUCAAAGCCUCCAAGUUCGGCUCCACGGAGUUUGUGCGACUGGACCUUUCUACGCUGCCAGAAAAGGUGGCCAUCCAGCUGAAUGACACCCAUCCUGCCCUGGCCAUUCCUGAGCUGAUGAGGACCCUAGUGGACAUUGAGAAACUGUCUUGGGGGAAGGCCUGGGACAUCGUGGUUCGUACCUGUGCCUACACCAACCACACCGUCCUGCCUGAAGCCCUGGAGCGCUGGCCCGUCGACCUCUUCCAUAACCUGCUGCCUCGUCACCUGGAGAUCAUCUACGAGAUCAACAGUAGGCACCUGGAGCGUAUCGCCAAGCUUUACCCUGGAGAUCUGGACCGGAUGCGCCGAAUGUCCCUGAUUGAGGAAGGGGACGUCAAGAAAAUCAACAUGGCUCACCUGUGCAUUGUAGGAUCUCAUGCUGUCAACGGAGUGGCCCGCAUCCACUCUGAGAUCAUCAAAGACACCGUGUUCAAGGAUUUCUACGAGUCAGACCCUGAGAAGUUUCAGAACAAGACUAACGGCAUCACACCCAGGCGCUGGCUGGUCAUGUGCAACCCUGGCCUGGCUGAGGUCAUCGCAGAGAGGAUUGGCGAGGACUACAUCCGUGACCUUGACCAGCUGAAGAAGCUUCUGGACUUUGUGGACGAUGACACCUUCAUUCGGGAUAUUGCCAAAGUCAAACAAGAGAACAAGAUGAAGUUUGCUGCCCAGCUUGAAGAGCAGUACAAGGUGAAGAUCAACCCCGACUCCAUGUUUGAUGUCCAGGUGAAGAGGAUCCACGAGUACAAAAGACAGCUGCUCAACUGUCUGCACAUCAUCACGCUGUACAACCGAAUCAAGAAGCAACCCAACAAGUCAUGGACCGCCAGGACCAUCAUGAUUGGAGGAAAGGCGGCUCCAGGUUAUCACACUGCUAAGAUGAUCAUCAAGCUGAUCACUUCAAUUGGAGACAUUGUCAAUAAUGACUCUGUGGUGGGAGAUCGCCUCAAAGUUAUCUACCUGGAGAACUAUCGGGUCACUCUGGCAGAAAAAGUCAUCCCAGCAUCUGACCUGUCGGAGCAGAUCUCCACAGCAGGCACUGAGGCCUCUGGCACCGGGAACAUGAAGUUCAUGCUGAAUGGAGCCCUCACCAUUGGCACCAUGGACGGAGCCAACGUGGAAAUGGCCGAGGAAGCUGGAGAGGAAAACUUCUUCAUCUUCGGCAUGAGGGUGCCCGAUGUGAAGGCUAUGGACGAGAAGGGCUAUGACGCUGCGUCUUACUACAACCGUCUCCCUGAGCUGAAGCAGGCAAUGGACCAGAUAUCUGGAGGCUUCUUCAGCCCCAGCCAGCCCGACCUCUUCAAAGACAUCGUCAACAUGCUGAUGAACCACGACAGGUUCAAGGUGUUUGCAGACUAUGAAGACUACAUGACAUGUCAAGAGAAAGUCAGCAAGCUGUACAAGGACCCUAAAGAGUGGACCAAGAUGGUGAUCCAUAACAUCGCCGGCUGUGGUAAAUUCUCCAGUGACCGCACCAUUUCCCAGUAUGCCAGGGAGAUCUGGGGCAUGGAGCCCAGUUUGGAGAAGAUCCCCGCACCCGACGACCCUCGCUAAACCACAUCUGCCUCCUCCACCUUACUGUAGCUCACCAAUGCGGUCCAACCACUGGAGAAAACCCCUGUAGCUUUUUCACUGUGUACUACGGCAUUAUUUCUUUACAUUAUUGAACCCCAUAUACAACCGCUAUUACUUCCAAGUGAUCUUGCAGUAACAUGUUUCCAAGUGGGCUUCUUCAGAAUCUGUAUUCUGUAUUUUCCCUCUGUGUACCAGCAAUGCAUAUUCUCACUGUUGGGUAAAAAAAAACCUUGCAUCUCCACAUCCGCCUUUCAGCAGUUAGGAAACAGCGUAGGUGUCACCUUGGGGUCAUGGGAUUCUUCAGUUGGAGUGAAAACAUUAAAGAUAUACUUCCUUAUAUAGUGCCCAAUAAUACUCCUAUUUCUCCACUGAUGUUUGAAUAUUCUAGGUCAAAACACCAACCAAGACCUGAGUGACAAAGACAGGGAUUAUAUCUUUAACCAAACCUCUAAACUGCAUUUUCACACAACAGUGAUUUGAACCUCAAUUUAACUACAUUCCCCUUCUACCUUUGAGCCGAUAUGGCUACCAAAACCCAGCAAAGAUGCCAAUAAACCUCAGCACUGUUAAGCUUCCAAACCAACCCAUGUCUUCCAUGACAGAGAGAAGGGACACUCCAUAGUUAAUGUGCACCACAGCCUCAUUGCAGCACUGUGACUGGAUGGUGUUGGAAGGGAGCCUAGUUUCCAGAUUUCCCCAUAGAUUAACAUUAAUAUUAAUGUUUCGUAUUAAAAGACUCGCUCAGUGUUUCAUUGCUCAAUAUAUCUGUUUGUGUGUGUAUUCUCAGUUAUGCAGAUGUGUUGACCCAUCAGUUCACUUGUGAUCUCCUCAGCAUGUUUGUGUCUGUCUCUUCCUAAAAGUGACCUGUUUUAGAACAUAACAAAGCCUUCUCUGCCUAAAACCUAAGUGACUGAAUUAAUCUUUGGAAGAUGUGUGUAAUCUGUAAUGUAGUUUUGUGUGAGUGUGUGUGUGUGUAUACACCAUAAGUGACACUGUGGAUAUCAGCUCGAUUGAUGUACUGUAACAGCAUAUUGUCCUGCUUCAGCUCCUGCAUAUGACUGACUGUAGUCGUGCUGCCUCUAGAGGCUGCAGAAGGAACUGCCCCCAACGCUGAACCUAACAUUUCACUCUAGUGCUUUUCUUUUCCUUUUUUCUUGUCAAUAAAUGACAAAACUGCUCCGA